AUGCCCGCCCAAAAGUCGACCGGUCGUCUGGCUGACCUGGAGAGAGAUGGAUUUGUUGUUGUUCGAGGCAUUGUCGCCGGCCAGAAGCUCGAAGAACUCCGUGAAGCCAGUCUCAGGGUCGAGAAGCUUGGAAGGUCUGGCCAAUGGCCACACAUUCGCACCGUUGGCAAGCAGUUCCCGCCGUGGACCUUCUCACCAGAGAAGGGCAUCUGGGGUGUCCAGCAUCUCAUGAACCCCGACCUGCCCGGCCACGAGAUCUUCACCCGUCAGUACUUCUCUGAAGAAAUCUUGAGCAUCGUCCGUGAACUUCUCCAGUGCGAUGACGACGAGCUUGUGAUGGAGCUCUUCAACAUGCUCGUCCGACCAGACGGCGACUUUGAGCUUCGGUGGCAUCGUGACGAUAUCCCCGCCGACGCCUCAGCCGAGGAAGAGAUGGAACGUCUCGGCCGUCCUGCGUUUCACGCGCAGUACAAUUUUGCUCUUUGGGAGGACGAGUCUCUCGUCUUGAUCCCCGGAUCUCACAAGCGCCCUCGAACCGAGACCGAGCGUAAUGCUGAUCCUUUUGAGAAAGUUCUACCGGAGCAGCUGGUUGUUAAACUGGGCCCCGGAGACAUCGCCUUCUACAACAACAAUAUCCUCCACCGUGGCGUCUAUGACUCGAAAAAGGACCGUGUCACUUUACACGGCUCUGUCGGCCACUCUGGUGGCAGUAAGCUCCGUGCCCGCAACGUCUUACAGCAUGGCAUUGGCAGCUAUGUCGAUAAGGUUGACUUUUCCAAGCUGAGCGAUGGUGAGAGACAGAGGGCUGAGGAAAUGCGCGCCAGACUGGUUAAAUUGGGUAGCGAGAGUGGUGACGUCGGAUAUUCUCUACAGGGAUAA